CCAAGUUGCCCGAUCGAGCGAGUAUCCACCGAAUUCCACCGUUGCCAUGGUGUCAUCGAUCCCCGCUCGCGCGUCGGCGGAGACCGAGAAGAGUACGAUGCCGUCGGAGACGGAGACGGGGAGAACCGUGGUGCUGUAUCCCGGCGUCGGCGUCGGCCACCUGGUGCCGAUGGUCGAGCUUGCCAAGGUGUUCGUCCGCCACGGGCUCGCCGUCACCGUCGCGCUCGUGGAGCCGCCCCGCCUCGAGCUGCUCGGCUUCUCCGCCGCCGUCGCGCGCGCCGCGGCCGACAACCCCUCCGUCACCUUCCACGUCCUGCCGUCGCCGCCGCCCGCGCCCGGGAAGGACGCCGCCGCCUCCAACGGCGCGGCGUCCAACACCGGCGGCGACCACAACGUCGUCCAGGUGAUGGUCCGGCACCUCGACGGCAUGAACGUGCCUCUCCGGGACUUUAUGCGCUCGAUGGCGCCCUCCGUGCGCGCGCUCGUCCUCGGCAUGUUCUGCUUCCGCGCGCUCGACGUCGCGGCGGAGCUCGGGCUGCCGGCCUACUUCUUCUACCCAUCCGGCGGCGGCGCCGUCGCCGUCCUGCUCCACCUGCCCAGCAUGCAUCCCAGAGUCAACGACGCCGGCUUAGGUGACUCCGUCGUCGUCUGUCCGGGCGUUCCUCCGUUCAAACCUUCGGAAUUACCAACAGUCCUCGACGGCAGCGACGGCGGCGAGACAGCCGGGUACUUCUUGCGCAUGUCCGAACUUAUGGCGGAGUCCAGCGGGAUCAUCCUUAAUACCUUCGAAUGGCUGGAGACACGCGCGGUGCACGCUCUUAAGGACGGCCUCUGCGUCCCCCGCGGCCGUGCCACGCCGCCGGUCUACUGCGUCGGCCCGUUGGUCUCGGGAGGCGGCGGCGGCGGCGCCACCGAGCACGAGUGCCUCCGGUGGCUGGACGCGCAGCCGGACCAAGCCGUCGUCUUCCUUUCGUUCGGGAGCAGGGGAACGUUCCCCAAGAAACAACUCGACGAGAUCGCCGCCGGCUUGGAGAGGUCGGGGCAGAGGUUCCUGUGGGUGGUGCGGAGCCCAACCGUCGCCAUCAACGACAGCAACGGCGAGGACGGCGCCCUCGCCGGAGCGCCGCCGCUGGAGCCAGACCUCGACGCGCUGCUCCCUGCCGGGUUCCUGGAGAGGACCGAGGGGAGAGGGCUGGUGGUGAGGUCGUGGGCGCCGCAGGUGGAGGUGCUCCGCCACCGAGCGACCGGCACGUUCGUGACGCACUGCGGGUGGAACUCGACGCUGGAGGCCGUCACGGCGGGGGUGCCGCUGCUGUGCUGGCCGCUCUACGCGGAGCAGAGGCUGAACAAGGUGCUCAUCGUGGAGGGGAUGGAGCUCGGCGCGGAGAUCGAGGGCUACGACGAGGAGACGGUGGCGGCGGAGGAGGUGGAGGCGAAGGUCCGGUGGGUGAUGGAGUCUGACGGCGGCCAUGCGCUCCGCCGGCGAGCUGCCGCGGCGAAGGAUGCCGCGGCCAGGGCGCUUGAGGAAGGCGGCACGUCUUACGUGGCAGUUUCUGACUUCGUCGAGGGCCUGCGGACUUCCAAUGGCAGAACUAAAGUCAGCGUGUCUGAUUUUUCGGGCUUCGGUACGAAAUUAAAAUAAAGGCACUUAUAGUACUAUAUAAUAUAUAUAUAUAUAAAAUAAGUAUUUAAAUUGUAUUCAAAAAUAAUAUUUAUAUCGAAAAUAAUGUACAUAUCACAGCGAUUUGUAGGGUUGAUCCCUAGCUAGAACGGCCGCACCUCUUGAACCCCCCUCGUGCUAGUUCUGCGUGUGAUUUUAAGAACUAGUAGAUGGACUUUUAUCUCUCAGUUAAGACAUCAAUACUUUCCGGAAAACUAUAUAAAUUAAGAAAGUGGUACUUUCUCUAUAUUUUUAUUUCUCUAUAUUUUUAUG